CGGCGAAAAGAGCGAAACCUAGUGUACUACUUAAGUUACAAUGAAGCUAUGUUUGUUUCAAAUCGAGCAGAGACUUCAUUUAGAACUGAUCAUGAUAUCUUGACUAGGUUUUUUAUUCGACAUCUCCGUCCAAUUUCAAAACAAUAAGAAUCACAAUGAUCACCAUAAGCAAAAAAACAACAGGGCCUAACACCCGCACGACGAGCAGAGCGAGACGCAGCUGAGCGUGCUAGGAUUGAGACCUUUGCGGAGAAGGUGGAAUCGAAAGCACGAAAGGCAGCAGAAGUGGCACGCGCAAAAGAGGAAGCAAAAAAGGCGAGAGUUAUGGCUAGUUGUAGUCGUUCGUGAUUCUAGUUACCUAGAGGAAACCACAAGUUUGCUACUGCAGCUUUGUCGUAAACUGCCAUCGCUGUUGUAGGUAUUGUUUUGCCUAAGUACAAUGCGCGGAUGAUCUACUUCGAAGAUAUUAUCUCUAAUGCAAAUAAGAUCAAGGAAAUUGCGGAUCGCAUUGCGUCCAACUUGGGAACGAUCGUGAAGAAGAAGGGCGCUUGGGUGGUUCCGGGAGGUAUCAUUUUGCCGCAGACUUUGCUUCCUGAACGAGACCUCCUCUCACCCAUUCCUUUCAAUAAAUCAACGUGACUCUACUUGUUUCGAUUUCUCAUACAGUGCAUCUCCCACUCGACAACACAGCAUCCCGACCCGCCUCCCUUCCUACAAAACAGCAUCCUUGACGUUUUCCGGUAUCCCGCCUGCGCUUUUUCGCGCGAUGCUUCCAGCUGAGAAAUUUCAAGAGACCGCGGAAGCUCAGUUGAAGGGCACAUUGUCAAAGGCAGAAUGCUGCUCUACCUUCUUACGGCCUACUUGUUGGAUGAGUGUAAGUAGAAUUGGGGUUUUGAUUAGUUUUAGGUGGAAGGGACAAGUGCGUUUAUCACUUGAAUGCAGAGCGAGGUUCAGUGAAGUCAUGUUAUUAUCGCUGUCACCAACCUCUAAUCCUCGGCAUCGGCAAACUGCGUGGUGGUUCCCAGGGCGUCCGCGGUGAAGUGACCGCUAUGACCAUCGUAUACAAGCGCAAAGAGGCUAAGCUGGUUAUCGAUUACGAGACAACGGGUUUGCCAUGAAUGGAGGAGGAUUCUCACUGCGCUAUGAGAAGCAUGAGAAUAGUGAAAACUACUGCGCUAUGAGAAGCAUUCGACUAGUGAAAACUACUGCGUUAUGAGAAAGAUUGCAGUCAGAAACAAUAGAAAUUGCAAUGCUGAUUUUUUUGUAACCACAAUUAUGAAUGAUCGAUGAUAGAAACAAAAUAAACUACGCAAAAUUGAAUGCUGAACUCUGAAUAUAGCUACAGGAUAAACACUCGUUCAAUAACUCAAAAAAUCGGAAAUUCAUAACUUACUCUCGCAACGCAACAAACGCAGAAGUACUUUUAAUACAGCACUUUUCAUUUGUACUACUGCUGUCUAAUCGCUUCUAUUCUGUCAUAAAUUGAAUAUAUUAAAAUUUUUGGGUGAUUUGGAAAAAAGGAAGAUGCGCUUGAUGACUAUCGGGGAGUCUCCCGAGAAUAUUGGUCCGUCUAGAUUAUCUUGUUCAUUAGAAGAACAACUGCAACUUGUCAUUUUGGAAUUGGAGAUGAAUUACUCCGACUAUCUAGUACAACUGAAACAACACAAGCCGACAAAAUUUGUUGAUUCGACCACUAGGGAAAACGAUGAAGAAAUAGAUUUUGGGUGAAGCUGGAGUGCGUACAUCACGACUUUUUGUGAGCUUCAAUAUUGACGGGGGUCGUACCAACGCACACUGCUGGAUAUCUACAAAGAAAUAUGACAUUUCAAAACAAACAACUACAACCGCAAUUCGCAAAAUUGAAUCCAAAUUUGAACAACCAAGCAAGAACACCUGCACAAGCGGAAGUACGGUUGUCCUAACAUGUGCCAGGAUGAUUUGGA